UGCAGCCCGGCUUCCUGCUGUCCGGCGGCUGCCCCAGCCUGGAGCAGGCCAUGGAGACCGAGGGCUACACCCUCAUCCCUUGCUUCGCCCACUGCCUGGACGCGCUGGUCAGGAGCUUCCUGUGCCACCACCACAGCGUCCAGAUCAUCCUGGGCACGGCCCGGGCCAUCUGCCGCCACUUCCAGGGCUCGGCCGGGGCGCGGGGGCUGCUGGCCCAGCUGCAGCGGCGCUGCGGCCUGCCGGCCUCCCAGCCCUUCGGGGAGCCCUGCGAGCACUGGCUGUCCACGCACCGCCUGCUGGAGUGGCUGGUGGCCCAGCAGCAGCCCCUGCAGGCCUACGAGGAGCAGCAGCGGCCGGACAAGGCGGGCGCGGCCCUGUCGGCCUCCUUCUGGAGCCUGGCGGGCAGCCUGGUCAGGCUGCUGCGGCCCUUCCGGGUGGCGGUGCAGGAGUCGCGCGCCACCCGCGCCUCCCUCAGCCAGGUGCUGCCCCAGCUGCGCUACCUGCACCUCUUCCUGGAGCAGCUGCGCGGGCUCUCCGAGGACCAGGGCGGCGGGGCCGCGGGGGCCGCCGCGCGGCUGACGGAGGGGCUGGCCCUGCAGCUGUCCACGGACCCCCAGCUCACCGAGCUCUUCUACCGCGAGGAGCUGGUGCUGGCCACGCUGCUGGACCCCCGCUUCAAGGGCAAGCUGAGGGCCAUCCUGCCCGCGGGGGCGGACAUCGACCACUGGAAGCACGUCCUGGUGUACAAGGUGAAGGAGAUCAUGGUGUCCACCUCCGCGCUGCCCGCCGCCCCGCCCCUGCCGAGCCCCGGCGCGCCGGGCACAGCCAGGAGUCGCCAGGCCAAGGACAGGGGCCUGGAGCUGGGGCCCAGCGGCGCUCUGCUGCGAGGCCACAGGACGGAGAGCUUGCUGGAGCAGCUGGAGAGCGCGGGGCUGCUGGCGUCCAAGAGGAGCGAGGCCUCGCUGUCCACCGAGGACCACCCGGCCAGCGUCAUGGUCAAGAGCUACCUGCACGAGGACGUGACGGUGGGGGCGCAGGAGGACCCCCUGGCUUACUGGGAGACGCGGCGGGACGUCUGGCCCGCCCUGGCCCGGCUGGCCACGCUCUACCUGUCCUGCCCGCCCACGGGCGCCUUCUCCAGGGCCGUGCUGGCCGGCCUCGAGAGCCCCGCCCUGCAGGAGCACGGCUGCCCGCUGCCCACGGAGACGGUGGAGCACCUGCUGUUCCUCAAGCCCAACCUGGAGAGCUUCCCCGGCUGCGGCCCGCUGCCCCUCGUCUGCCCCGGCGGGGACCUGGCUGGCGCGGAGGCGGUUUAGGCCGGGGACCCCGGGGCGGCCAGCAGGAGGGAGGGCAGCGCCGGGGUGGCCUCCCGGGACUCGGGGCGUCCGGCCGGCCUUGGC